AUGACCCCUGUUAUCCGGGAGGAGUUUGAGCUGGUUGUUUCUGAGGAAGUGGACAGGGUCCUUGUGGCUGUGAGCUUAGCCAUCUGUGUUCUGGACCCAUGCCCCUCCAGGAAGCGUUUCUUACGCGGAGUUCCUCGGCUCUCGGCCACUGCGAGGCGAUCUCGAGUUCUGGCCAGCGGCAGCCCGGAUGUAGCAGCGCAACAGCCAGCCGGAGCCGCCGAGCGGUGCCUACUGGCCUUCCUCGCCAAGUGUGGCACCGCGGAGAGCAGGAACAUGGCGCUCAGAGCGAUGCAGCGCUGCCUUCCGGCUUGCGAGGCCGGCAACUCCGCCGCGCAGAAACGAGAGGGAGCCGGGCGCGAGCGGCGGAAUCACGCACCGCUGUCCUGGCGCCGGCCCGAACUGCUGUUCCUGAGGAGGGCGGGUCCGCGCGUUUCUGGGUGUGCGCGAAACCUUGGGCGAAGUGGGAACCGGGCGUCGCGCUGCUCAGAAAUAAGCCUGCUGCUGGGUGGCGAGAAGCCUCAGUUGCCCAAAACCAAUUCGACCAUCGUUAGAGGAAAUAAACCUUGCAAGGAUGCUUCAAUCAAUGGCUUGCUGGAAGAAUUUGACAAUAUCUCUGUGACCCGUUCCAACUCACUUCGGAAGGAGAGCCCUCCCACGCCUCACCUGAGAUCCUCGAACCAUAUAGAAAUCCACCAGCAAGAAAAUGGCUUCAUCACCUAUUCUCAGUAUUCCAGUGAGUCAGAAACAGGGACUGAUUUCCUUGCCGAAAAAUACAGAGACAAACGCCUUCAUGGGGAGGAAGCAGACAGAUACUCCCAAGGUAGCUGUGCUGCAAAGCAAAACGGACACGUGGCAAAAUUGAAAUCCAGUGAGAUGUAUUUUUCUGAAGCCAAGCCCCUGAAGUCUGACAUCUCUAGGUUCCUACCAGAUUACCACGCUCCUUUGGAAACAAAAAGUAAGCUGAAUGAGUAUGGUGGCCUGAAGCUGGAAUAUCAGAGGGCACCUAGUCACUCUUCUCUGGAUUACAAAGAGCCCUUUCAUUAUGCUCUCUCUAGAAGUUCUCUUCACAGUCAAUGCUCCAGAGAGAGACUAGAAUACAGUGACAGCGAGUGGUCCAAGGAUGAUUAUGACAAAAGACCAAAAUCAUCCUAUGUGAACCAGUCAAGUCCUCAACCAACCAUGAGGCAAAGGUCAAGGUCAGGGUCCGGCCUCCAAGAGCCAAUCAUGCCCUAUGGAGCAAGUGCUUUUAAGUCCAAUCAGCAAGGGUAUUCAUAUAGUUCCUACACCUACCCUCGGUUGUCGGAAACAGCAGCCGGCGUUCCAAAGCUGGAUUACGAUCGAGCACAGAUGGUAGUAAGUCCACCCCUUUCUGGAUCAGACACUUAUCCUCGAGGCCCAACGAAGCUACCUCAGAGUCAGUGCAAAGCCACCUAUUCAAGCAGUGGCUAUCAGUACUCAGCUAUCUAUCACAAAUUCUCUCACUUUAACCACCAGCCUUCUCUGCAGCCAAGCUCACAUUAUACUUCUACAGCUUCUUAUCCAAGCUCCCCCAGCAUCACUUCAAGUAGUUAUCCUCCGCCAAGUUGGGGCUCAUCCUCAGAUCAACAACCCUCAAGGGUAUCACAUGAGCAGUUCCGAGCAGCUUUGCAACUGGUGGUGAGCCCCGGGGAUCCUCGAGAAUACUUGGACAACUUUAUCAAAAUUGGGGAAGGCUCCACUGGUAUUGUUUGCAUCGCCACAGAGAAGCACACAGGGAGGCAAGUGGCUGUGAAAAAGAUGGACCUCAGGAAACAGCAAAGAAGGGAAUUGCUCUUCAAUGAGGUUGUUAUCAUGAGAGACUAUCACCAUGAAAAUGUGGUCGACAUGUACAACAGUUACUUGGUGGGAGACGAGCUGUGGGUUGUGAUGGAGUUUCUGGAAGGUGGUGCUUUGACAGAUAUAGUGACUCAUACACGAAUGAAUGAAGAACAGAUUGCUACUGUUUGUCUGUCUGUCCUAAGAGCAUUGUCCUACCUUCACAAUCAAGGAGUUAUUCACAGGGAUAUAAAGAGUGACUCUAUACUCCUCACUAGUGAUGGGCGGAUAAAACUCUCAGAUUUUGGAUUCUGUGCCCAAGUUUCAAAAGAUGUUCCAAAAAGGAAAUCGCUUGUUGGAACCCCAUAUUGGAUGGCACCUGAAGUGAUCUCAAGACUACCUUACGGAACUGAGGUGGACAUCUGGUCUCUUGGCAUCAUGGUGAUAGAAAUGAUAGAUGGGGAACCACCUUAUUUCAAUGAGCCACCUCUCCAGGCCAUGCGCAGAAUCCGAGACAACAUACCACCAAGAGUGAAGGACCUACACAAGGUCUCAUCAGUUCUCCGUGGAUUUUUAGACCUGAUGCUGGUAAGGGAACCUUCACAGAGAGGAACAGCACAAGAACUCCUGAGACACCCAUUUCUAAAACUCGCUGGGCCUCCUCCUUGCAUAGUGCCUCUCAUGAGGCAGUAUCGGCACCACUAAAUUCAGCUGCUUUCAUUUAUUUGUUUUCCGGGAACCAAGUGAAGCAAUGAAGUUGGGUGGUAACUGCCAAAUCAGCAGCAAGCAGUAAUGAACACACCCAGUGAGAACUGUCCCAUUGCUGACAUGGCUCAGCACACUG